AUAGGAUAUAAGUAAGUAUGUACAUUCAUUUAAUGAAUUGAAUCACCAGAAGCAAAACAUUGUAACACUUGCUGUAAUUUCAGCUAAUGUCUGAUGAAAUAUUUUUUUUUUUUUUGUUUUUACAAUUUUUCUUUUGCCACAUAUUUAAUGACUGAGGCUUAGUCCCUAUUACUUAUAUAUAGUAUAAAACACAGCGUAGUAUCUUAUAUGAUUUAUAAGUUGGCUAUCGGGACAAAAAUAAAAAAGAGUAUUCCACUCACUUGCUUAUCUAUACGCGGUAUAUAAUUUUAUAUGUAGAUGUGAUAUUUCGACCAAUAAACUAUUUGAGUUUGGUUUAAUGUAUUGGAUCUAUCAAAACAAUUAACCAAUUAGAUUCGCAUAACUUUGAAGUAUCUUCUUUUCUAUCACAAAUAUAUGUAAUAUGAAACGGUUAUGGUAAAAAAUCUUGUUUUUUAUUUUAUUUUAAAUUAUAAUAGUAUUUUAAAUACAAAAAAAACUUUUUCACAGUUAAUAUAAGAAUAAAAUAUUUUUUAUACGAUGAAUAUUCUGCAACCUGAAUUGAUUUGGAUAGAUGGUCGGUGUUACAGACUAUUCGGAAAUAUCGAACGGUUAAGUGCCCAAAAUAUUUCUCCUUAUUUUGAAGAUAACUAUCAAAUGGAUUAUAAAGAUUCUGAAGAUGAAUGUGAUAUAGAAAUUGUACCAUAUGAGUCGACAAGAUUUAAACACACAUUUCAUGUAUCAAAAUCAUUUUUUCCAUUUAUUAUUGGAUCUAAACAUGCAGUACGUAAAAAAUUAGAAAACGAAACUAGAACAUCAAUACAAAUUCCAAGAUUAGGUGAAGAUGGAGAUAUUGUAAUAAUUGGUACUGAUCGUAAAGGAAUAAUGACAGCACGUCGUAGAAUAAAUUUAUUAAUGGAAGCAAGUAGAAAAAAAAUACCAUCAACACAUUUUCUAUCAAUACCUUUAAAUGAAGGUCACAUAAUAAUGAAUUUUAAUAUGUUUAAAAAUGAAGUACUAAAAAAUUCUGGAAAAAAAUCUAAUGGUAUUGAUGAAAUGAUUUUUCAAAUACCAAGCAAAUUACAUCUUACUAUUGCAUUAUUAACAUUACUUGAUGAUACAGAAAAAAAUCAAGCUAUAGAAGCUUUGAAUUAUUGUCAUCAGCAUAUUGUAAAGCCUAUAAUUGAAAAAUAUGGACAAAUUCCUAUUUACUUACAAGGAACUGAUAUAAUGAAUGAUGAUCCUAGUGAAACUCGAGUUUUAUAUGCAAAGUUAAUUGACAAUGAGGCUUUAGAAAAAAUGGUAGAUGAAAUUGUAGAUUAUUAUAAUAGGAUAGGUUUAUUAUAUAAAGAAACAGACAAAGUUAAGUUACAUUUGACUCUUAUGAAUACAAAAUUUAAAUUAAAUGAAGAAGAAAAUUAUUAUGAAAAAUAUAAAACAUUUGAUGCAACAGAAAUAAUGAAAGCUCAUAAAAAUACAAUAUUUGGAGAAACUACAUUGAAACAAAUUCAUUUAUCUCAACGUCAUACAAUUAGUAGUAAUGGAUAUUAUCAAGCAAUUGCAAAAAUUAAUUUACUUGAAGGUUUAUAAAUGACAUAUAUCAUUAUUUAAAUAUGUACAUGAUAUAUAUUCAUGGAACACAGAAGAUUGAUUUUAUAAAUCAAAACAAAUAUAAAUAUUAAUAUUAAUAAAAAAAUUUUGAGGGUUAUUUAUAAGAAAUUUAACAUACAAAAUUUAUAAGAAAUUUUAGAGCAAAAUAGUUGUGUGAUAAAGAUAGAACCAUCUCAUUAUAUAUGUCCUUUUAUUUUAUUUUAUUUAAUGCAAAUUCAAAUUAUUUAUAAUUUAAUAAAUAACCCUAUGAUAUAUCAACUUCUGUAUUUGUUUUGAAUUCUAAAAUCUAUUUUCCAAAAGUAACUUAUGAAUUAAUGUAUAUAUAUGUUAUAGAAAAAUUCUGAUAACGAUUCUUGUUUUAUUCAAUCAAAAUUUAAAAUGUCUAUUAAUUUUAGAUAAUAUCUGACUUAUAUCAAACUUAUAUCUAAAUAAAAUGUCGUAGUAGAUAAAAAAAAUAUUUUAUAUAAAUUUGAUUGUAGCAUAGUAGUAGUUAUAUUUGUAGCAAAUUAAAUUAAAUAAAUGUUAUUUUAAUUUUUACUUUAAA